AUGCUAGAGAACUACCCGCUAGCGUUGCCAGUUGCCAGCACACUACUGCUGUUAUGGCUUCUCUACCAUGUGAUCGCCUUCCUCCGAUUCAGAUCCAAGUACAACUUUCCCAAUCUCGUGCCUGGAGUACCUUUGUUUGGGAACAUGUUCCAGAUACCGACGGACACGGCAGAGCGGCGCCUCUAUCUCCACAAACUGGCUAAAAAAUACGGUGAAAUGUUCACGCUCAAGGUUGGCUCCAACUAUUGGAUCUUCAUGAACUCUCAGCGCGUUACAAACGAACUCCUGGACAAGCGCGGGGGGAAGUACAUAUCACGAGAAAAACUGCCCAUGCCGGGCGAUAUUGCCUCUGGCGGCAAACGGCUCGUUUUCAUGCCCUACGGCAAACUCUGGAAGUGGGAGCGAAAAGUCAUCCACGAGAUCAUUGGCCCCGGAAACCGCGACGUGUUUGCCCCUAUACAGGAUAUCGAGUCGAAAGCCCUGCUCUAUCAGUACCUCACCGAGCCAGGCCUCUGGAACCAGGCCAACGCCCGAUAUGCCAACUCCCUUAUUAUGAGCCUUGUGUACGGCCGAAGGACUAAGCUGGGUGACCCGAGUGUGAACAGGAUUAUCGACACAAGCAACGAGAUCAUGAAGAUGUUUGAGCCUGGUUCCAACUUGAUCGAUUCCUUUCCGUUCCUAGCGCGUAUCCCUCUCCCACACUCCAUUCAGCCGUGGCGGUGGUGGGGAGACAGUGUUUACAAGAAUUCUCUGACGAACUUCUCCGCUGAAUUUGAGGGUCUGGUAGAGCGGCAACGCCAGGGCAAGGAUGUGACCUGCUUUAUUUCCGAGUUCCGAAGGCUCGGCAGAGACAAAUCACUCGACUAUGAGUCCAUGGUAUUCCUCGGGGGAACCCUCAUCGAAGCCGGUUCCGACACCACACGUGUGGCUAUGAACCAGCUCAUGGCAGGCGCCGCAUUGUUCCCUGAAUCAGUAGCGCGUGCACGUACGGAGCUAGAUGCAGUAUGCGGUGCCAAUGCUGAGAGGCUACCAGAUGCGAGCGAUAUUGCCAAUCUGCCGUAUAUCAAGGCCGUAGCCAAGGAAGUUCUUCGAUGGAACAUAUCCUUUCCUGAAAUUGCUCAUUCGCUGAUCGAGGAUGAUACCUUCGAAGGGUAUCAUCUCCCAACCGGAACCAAUGUCAUCUGGAAUAGCUGGGGUGUGCAUAUGGACGAUUCGGAAUAUGAACAGCCCGAUAGGUUCUGGCCCGAGCGGUUCCUGGAUGAGAAUCUGGAUAAGCCGAUCAAAGGCCACCUCGCUUUUGGAGCCGGCCGCCGCAUAUGUCCCGGAUGGGUCAUCGCCAGCAACAGCCUCCACUUGUUGAUCUCGCGCGUCAUGUAUUGUUUUGAUUUCCACACAGUCCCUGGGCAUCCGAUUCCAGUUGGAAAGCCCUUUGAUGUUGGAAUGGAGAAGGCGUAUGAGGUCACGAUCACACCUCGAAGUCCAGCUCAUGCGGCGCUCGUUGAGAGGGAGUGCGCCUCGGCUGCAAACAUUGAGUAG